AUGUCAUAUUUCCUUUCUAUACUGGAGGAGGCCAGGGGAGAGACAUCCAAUAGUCACAAAGCGACCCCUGCGUCCAUUACUCCCAGGAUAAAUAUUGUAAGGUUGACAAAAGGGGUUCCGCGGACCCAGGCAAACAUGGGACCGAAAGACAGUUGUGAUACCGAUUUUGGACACUCACGGAAAUCUCGCCUUCCUCCCGCCAAUAAGAAGAAAAAGAUGUCUAUGAAGAGGAGGAAGACCCCAAGCUCCAAUAAAACCAGUUGUGGGAAGACUAGUAAGAACCAGAAACCCUCUUCAACAACCAGUGCCUCCCGUAUCAUCAGAGCCAAGAACAAAAUGGUAACGGUCUCACGAGCCAAGCAAAACCUCGACCACGAUUCCGAGGAACAAGAUGUGGAAGACGAUUUCGUCGUCGAAGACAUGGCAUAUAACCCUCAGAAAUCGAAGGUCGGCGCAAUGGCCCGUUCAAAACUCUUUACAGGAAUGAAGUAG